GACACCAGAAUCGGCAUGAGCAACAGCGAAGGCGUAGUGACGGGUAGCCCAGGUUCCGGUAGCGAUCGUUUAUGCGAGGACGUCGACAUGGCUACUCCGACGUCAGCAUCUUCGAAUCUGAAGCCACGAAGCGGCAAGAUCAGCUUUAGCGUCGAUGCCCUGCUGAGUGGCACGAAGAAGAGUGCCAUCGGCGGCGGCGGCGGCGGCGGCGGUGGCGGCGGCGGCGGCGGCACCUUUGCGGCCAGGCGAGAUAACGACGACAGAAUGGAUACUGAAAAAAAUAUCGAGAUAGAGGCGAGGUAUCGCGAGCUCCUGAUAGAACAGCAGAGACUUCAGAGCAGAGAACUACUCGCUAGAUUAAGUCCUCACGGUCUCGCCGGCUUCGGCAAUCAUCACCACCACCACCACCACCAUCAUCAUCCGAACAGACUCGAGCAAGAUCACCCGCCCGCUCGACAAGAGAUGCUCACGGUGAAGGAUUUCUCGAGGACGAGCCACGACAAGUCGUCCUCGCCUAUCAGAAUAGACCAGGAGAUACCGCGAGACCGACUGACGACCAGUUCGCCGAGCGGGAUCGGCGAGACGAUCCUCCAACGUGAACAAGAGCGUAUUCAGGAUGAGGACGAGAGGAUCGACAGGAUCACCAAUCCGAGAUCCGUGUCGCCCGCGAGCAGACGAGAGAUCCUCGACGACCGUAGCGACUCCGAGGCGAAUCGCUCGUUGGAUGGGGACCGUACGACGGAUCAUUUGGACCUCGAGGACCACGAGAUAAGAAGCGUCGGCCAGUCCGAGGAUCUGAACGUGAUGGACUCGGAUUGCGAAUUGGAGAGGGACCUGGAAGCCAACCAGGAGAAGGAGGAGAAGUCUAGCCCGGUAGUGCCUCAGCCGAUUCAUCCCGGAGUGCAAAGGCCCUCGCAGGGCCCGCCGUAUCUCACCGGAGCGCCCGGCGCUCCCGGUUGGAACCCCGCGGGAUUUCCGCAUUCCCUGGCGGGGUUCGCGUGGCUGCCCCCACCCCCGCAUCCGCACAAUCCUCAUGGACAUCUCUACACGCCACAUGGCGGACCUACCAGCCCGAACGGGGACUUAAGAUUGCCGGGACCUGGACCGGGCCCGGUUAGGUGCACUCUCAGGAAGCACAAACCGAACCGGAAGCCGAGAACGCCGUUCACGACGCAGCAGCUGUUGUCGCUCGAAAAGAAGUUUCGCGAAAAACAGUACCUGACGAUAGCCGAAAGAGCGGAGUUCUCGUCGUCUCUUCACCUCACGGAAACGCAGGUGAAGAUCUGGUUUCAAAACCGAAGAGCCAAGGCGAAGCGGCUGCAGGAGGCGGAAAUAGAGAAGCUGAGACUAUCCGCGAGGCCUCUGCUGCACCCCAGCUUCGGAUCGGGACUGAUGUUCUCCGGGGUGGGCCCGCCUGGUACCCCAGGAGUGCCUCCCUUCAUUGCAGCUGCCAUGGCUAGGCACACCCAUGCCGCAGCAGCGGCGGCCAUGUUCAUGGGGCCGCCUGGGCACCGACCUUAAUAAUGAUAUCCCAAGACGUAAUACGCGCGUAAUUCGAAGUCAUUCGUGACGUCGUCGUCGUCCGAAGACCCAACCUGCUCACAACCUGGGGAUCCGGCGACGGAGAAUCUGUGAAUUGUCAUGAAUUCAUGGAUACGAAAACGUGUACAAUUUAUGUAAGAAUCCGCGCGAGGGAGACUCUAAACUCCGGGAAUUCAAUUCCAGACGAUACCCGACACGAUAUAUAUAAUUUCGAGAACCGUCAUUUACGAAGUCGAGAAACCUAAGAGCUGGGAGAUCUAUAAGAGCUAGAGUUC